UCUUCUUGCAAUUAUUCACGUUGCCUUGUAACGUAGGUUACAGUCCCCGUGAACAGAGAACUGAUGAGAAUUGGACUAUGAUUUAGUUUUGGUUUGGCUGAGGUUCAGACAAUUCCAGACAUGAAGAACAGAGGUGGUGGUGGUUGGGUGGACAACCGGCUCAGACAGAGAGUGGAGCAGUUCCUGGAAUCCAGUAACAAUCAAUAUGUGGACCUUUCAGACAUGGCUGUGGAACUCCAGAAACUGUACAGAGUGGAUUAUGGCAGAAGAAACAAGACCGCAUUCAGGAUUCAAGUAGAGAAAGUGUAUCAAGUCAUCAUGAAGGACAAUGGCCUUGAUGAUCUGGAGAGCAAACACCUGGCAAAAAGAGCCAAGCACAGCCACAACGACACCGGUGAUGGCAGCAGCAGCUCAGAGCUGUCCUCUGACAGCGAUGUGGACGUCACAGAGAAUCCGCCUUCCAAGCACAUGAAUGCCUCACUGACCACUCUGUACCGCAAAGGCGACACCAACUCCCCGAGACGAGAUCCACCCACAGUCAGCAGUUCUGCCAGCACUGGGACUCAGGUGACCACAGGGGGCUGGUUCAUUGACAGAAGCAGAGGUUCUGAGAAGAACGUCCUCAUAGACCUGUGUGAAGAGGAGCCCCCUGUUAUACCAAGUACAGAUGUUUCCAUGCUGGAACCUGAGAAAUCUAAGAAAAGGUCAAAAAAGAGGAUAAAGAGCUCCAAUGAACCGUCAGAAUCUCGCACCCCAAACAAAAAAGCAAAAUCCAAGUCUUUAGAGCUGCAGUAUCCAACUCUGAAGUUUGAGGACAUUGGAGGCAAUGAAGAGACAUUAACAGAGGUAUGUAAACUGCUGAUCCACAUGCGGCAUCCAGAGGUGUACCAGCAGCUCGGCAUGGUUCCUCCACGUGGCUUCCUCCUCCACGGACCUCCUGGUUGUGGAAAGACCCUUCUGGCCCAGGCUGUGGCAGGGGAGUUGGAGCUGCCCAUGCUGAAGGUGUCUGCCCCAGAGCUGGUGUCUGGAGUAUCUGGAGAGUCAGAGCAGAAGCUCAGGGAGCUGUUUGACCUCGCUGUGAGCUCUUCCCCAUGCAUCCUAUUCAUAGAUGAGAUUGACUCCAUCACUCCGAAGAGAGAGGUGGCCUCGAAAGACAUGGAGAGAAGGAUUGUAGCGCAACUCCUCACCUGCAUGGACGAUCUGAACAGUCCGACGGUGACGGCUCAGGUUCUGGUUAUUGGGGCCACCAACAGACCGGACUCUCUGGACCCGGCCCUCCGUAGAGCUGGACGCUUCGACAGAGAGAUCUGCCUGGGGAUCCCUGAUGAAGCAGCUCGCCUCAGGAUCUUGAAGACAUUAUGUCGGAAACUAAAGUUGCCAGAAGACUUCGACUACCAGCAGGUGGCCCGGCUCACACCAGGGUACGUGGGUGCUGACCUCAUGGCUCUGUGCCGAGAAGCUGCCAUGAACGCAGUCAACAGAGUUCUACUGGAGGUGAAGCAGAACUGCACUGAACAUUUGUUACUGCAAAGAACUGAGGCUCCAACUGAAGCUCCAACUGAAGCUGCAGAAGCAACAGCCUCAGAGAAGAGCAGCACCACAGGGCCCACAGAUGACCCACAUGGCAAACCGCUACCUCAGCAAGACUCAGGCCCCCGACAGCUGCAGCAGGGGGAGCUGUGUCACCUGCUUCAGCUGCUAAAGAAUACCGAGACCCUGUCAGAAGAGCAGCUAUCCUGCCUGUCCAUCCUCCUGUCAGACUUCCAGGCAUCUCUGUCCAGGGUGCAGCCUUCAGCCAAGAGAGAGGGCUUUGCCACGGUACCUGAUGUGACAUGGGAUGACGUGGGAGCUCUGCAGGACAUCAGAGAAGAGCUGACCAUGGCUAUACUGGCUCCAGUGCGUUCUCCAGAGCAGUUCCGAGCUCUGGGCCUCAGUGCUCCAUCUGGUGUAUUGUUGGCUGGACCUCCAGGCUGUGGAAAGACACUGCUGGCUAAGGCUGUGGCUAAUGAAUCAGGCCUGAACUUCAUCUCAGUGAAGGGUCCAGAGCUGCUCAACAUGUAUGUAGGAGAGAGUGAACGAGCUGUCAGACAGGUCUUCCAGAGAGGACGCAACUCUGCUCCAUGUGUGAUCUUCUUCGAUGAGAUCGAUGCCCUGUGUCCUCGCCGUUCAGGCCACGAGUCAGGUGCCAGUGUUCGCGUAGUCAACCAGCUGCUCACAGAGAUGGAUGGCGUGGAAACACGGCGGCAGGUUUUCAUUAUGGCAGCAACCAACAGACCAGAUAUCAUUGAUCCUGCCAUACUGAGACCUGGCCGUCUAGAUAAAACCCUGUAUGUGGGUCUGCCGCCUCCAGCAGACCGUCAUGCCAUCCUGGUGACCAUCACGAAGGGUGGAACCAAACCUCAUCUGGAUCAAGACGUGAGCCUCGAGGAGAUCGCCAACGAUGAGCGCUGUGACUGCUUCACUGGGGCUGACCUGACUGCGUUAGUGAGGGAGGCAUCUGUGAACGCCCUCAGGGGAUACCUUAAGUCCCAGCAUUCCACAGCAUCUUCUACUGGUCACACAUAUCCGUCUGCUCCAGUGGCCGACAUCAGCGUGAGCAAACAGAACUUCGAAGACGCCUUCAACAAGGUCCGUUCAUCUGUGUCUAAAAAGGACCAGAAGAUGUAUGAGCAGCUGCGAGAGUCCCUCAGCAGAUAACCGGACUUCCACUGACACGGACAUACACACCACAACGUAAAACACAGAGUCCUGUUUUUAUAAUAAAGUCUUUAUAGAAACA